AUGGGUGAACGAAUCGUUUGUGAAGAUUGUAUUGAGAAGAUAAUUUCUCGAGUAAAACAUGACUGGGCUACACCUGCAGAUCAGAAUAACAUACAAGUCUCUUCUGAUGAUCCUUACAGAGUGAAGCUUAAUCACGAUGAUCCUGAACAUCCAUAUAUGUGGAGUUUUAAAAAGAAAGCUUUAUAUUUUGCUAUUAUAUUUUUUAUGACUUUUGUCAUAUUUUCAUCUCUCACGUUUUAUGUACCACAUUUAUUAGUUAAACCAGAACUACAUAGAUAUCUUUUUUUAUUAUCUGUAAUGCUAAUCGGACUUGCAUUCGGACCAUUGAUUGGUGCACCCUUAUCGAAAUAUUAUGGACAUAAAAGAUUAUUUUUGGUAUUUGUUUUCGUAUUUAUGGCUGUUAAUUUAUGUCUUGUAAUAUCAUCAUACCAAACUUUAACGACAGCUGUGCUUCGAUUUUUAAGUGGAUUGUUAGGGGGUAUAGUUUUUAGUUCAUGUAGACUUUCAAUAUUCGAUAUAUUUAAUGAAACCAAAGUUUCUUUUCCUGGGGUUUUACUUCAAAGUUCUAUUAUGCUAGGGCUUCAUACGGGUCCUAUGCUUGGUUUGCUUAUAGAAAAAUAUAAGGAUACUAUAUGGUCAUUUUGGAUUGUAUUUGCUUUAUCGAGUUGUAUAUUUAUAUUAGGAAUAGUAGUACUAAAAGAAGCAUCGCCUGAAGUCAUUUUAAAUAAAAGAUUAUCUAGACUGCGAUGGAUAACAGGUUCUUCACGUUUUAUUGCUUGUAUAGAGGAUAGAAAACCACUAAAAUAUGUUUUCAUGUCAAUAUUGAAAAUGUCUUGGGAUAUUUUAAUUAGAGAUUAUGUAGUUUUAUUCAUCAUUCUAAGCAAAAUUGUUUUAUUUAGUACAUCAUUCCUUAUAUUGUUUGCUCAUCCAUUUUCAUUAAUGCAAACAUAUAAGUUAGAUGUGCCAGAAACAUAUAUUUCAUUACUUUUUCAUACUCUUGGUGUAGUUUUGGCGAUUUUAUAUUAUAAAAUUCAAUCUAAGUUAUUUAUAAAACGAUUAAAAUGUAAUAAAGUUGAAAAAAAGCUUCUUCAUCCUGUCAUAAUGUAUCCUGUUUAUAUAAUAGCGCUAUUUUGGAUGGCAUUUACUACUAAAGAAUUUUUUCAUCAUUUGAUUCCCUUCUUAUCUCAUAUUAUUCUAGGAUUUGCAGAAACAUUAGUAUUGGAUGGUCUUGAACAAUAUAUUGAGACUUCUUAUUCAGAAGAACCGCAAGCUGCUAAUAUCAAUCUAUCUUUUCCUCUUCUAGUUAUUGCUGCCAUUCUUCAUGGGUUUAUAAAAAUAUCUUUAAAAGGCAAAUUAUCUCUUUUUAUUAUCAUUCUUGCUUCUCUUAAUAUUUUUUCCUAUUUUGUUCCCUUUAGUAUUUCUCUAUCUUCAAUUUGA